AUGUCCAGCAAUACCCAGGAGUUUACCCCGCCUCUCAAAGCAGAGGAAGGGCCACAAGUGUAUCGUCCUAGUGGUUUCCACCCUGUUCAUCUUGGAGAGGUGUACGAUGGGAAACACAAAGUGCUGAGGAAACUAGGCUUCGGGAGAUAUUCAACGACAUCAAACCUGAUAACAUUUUUCUUCCAGAUCCAGGAUUAUUCGCUAAUUUCAGAACUAUACCUGCCAAAUAACCCUGCUGAUCUGGCAGACUUUGACACGUCAACUGAUCCCUCAACCAUCCGGUCUCAGCCUCUUAAGUGGGAUUACUUCCGGAAGGGAGCAAAUCUCAUGAAGUUUAAUAUUGCAUUGGGUGACUGGGGUGUCGCUAAAGUACUCAUCAGAGCUCCCUGGGGCCCAGCUGCCGAUCUCUGGAAUUUAGGAGCUGUUGUUUGGAAGUGUUCCGCGCUGUACACAUGUUUAGUAGGAGAGGUCCACCAUAUGGUUAUUACAAGGUUCGGUUCCACCUCCAUGAAAUUGUGGAUUUAUUUGGGCCAUUUCCAAGAUCAUUUCUGCAAAAAGGUGACCAAGAGCUUGUCCAAGGAUACUUUGACAGUGAGGAAAGGAUAAAAAAUUUGCCUCCACUCAACCGUCCGGGGCUGGAAUCGGAGGCAUUUCUCGGGGAAUUGAAUGGGGAAAACAAAAAGAUAUUUAUUAUGUUCUUAAGAUCGCUCAUGAAGAUUGAUCCGAAAGAGAGGAAGACAACGAUGGAUUUACUUGCUAAGCCUUGGCUCGAUGCAGUGGCCUAGCCCCUGAAUGGGUGAUAGUUGAGGUCUGGUUGCAGGUCAAACCUACAUUAUUCCGGGGUGUCCUAAAUGUGAACGAAAGUCAGAAACACAAAAAGGCAGAAAGAGAUCAAAAUGGGAAUUAAGUCUUUCGUCCGCCUUUCUUCGAGGUCACGCUUCCGCAGUUGCACGGGAGGUUAAUCCGGGGUAUCGAUGAGAGUACAACUGGGGCGUUGGGCGCAUCGUCUACGCCGCCUGCGCGUCCUCUAUCAGUCAACGUCUAAUCCUCUGGGAUGCAGCCGGAGCGCUGACUGAAACCGUUGCCCUCCCAGUGAGAUUUCAAUGCUCCGACGACCGCCUCCAUAGGUAAGUUAUCUGCCUCGCUUUACGCUGUCUGAUGACGCCUGUCAUGCUUUCCUCGCGGUAUGCAUUUGGGCCUUUUUUUGCCCUUCCAUUUCCUACCCAGAAGGACACUUUCAACAACUGGUGAAGGGGACCGGCAGUUAUUGGUGGUGCUAUUAGAUCAUGUGAUGCAAAUAUGAUUAAUUGAGGGAAGGAGAAGUGCUUUUCAUUAUCAUCAGCCUGAAUUCCAUGGCUUAAGGCCCCCAGUGAAAUGUCACGAAAAUCUCUCCAAGACGCCAAGGCUGGAAGAAAGCUGAAAGACAAGCGACUAGAAUGAAAGACGGUAGACGGGCGACCCCUCGGGGACUCCAUAACUCCACCAUGGCUGGCCGACUUGGCUCUCUUGUUUUGCCGGUAGAAAGCUGCAGAUUGGAAGGUCCUUUCUCAAGAUGAUGCCUGUAGAGCCUGGAACUAAAUAGAUGACAAUUCUAUGUAAAACUUUUCGGUUAGGCUUUCUAAGCAUUCACUUUUGUAAGACUCAAAGAAUGUAGAUCUGUGGACUUGACAGCCAUGAGAUCAAAC